UGGGAAGACCUUCAGUCAAUCAGGACACCUGACUACACACCAACGCAUACACACAGGAGAGAAGCCUAAUAGCUGUGAUCAGUGUGGGAUGAGCUUCCGGAAGUCAGGAUACCUGACCAUACACCAACGCAUACAUACAGGAGAGAAGACUUAUAGCUGUGAUCAGUGUGGGAAGAGCUUUGCUCGAGAUUCCACCCUGACUGCACACCAACGCAUACACACAGGAGAGAAGCCUUAUACCUGUGAUCAGUGUGGGAAGAGCUUCAAUCAUUCAGGAUCCCUGAUUACACACCAACGCAUACACACAGGAGAGAAGCCUUACAGCUGUGAUCAGUGUGGAAAGAGCUUCAGUCAUUCAGGAUACCUGACUACACACCAACGCAUACACACAGGAGAGAAGCCUUAUAGCUGUGAUCAGUGUGGGAAGAGCUUCAGUCAAUCAGCACAACUGAUUACACACCAACGCAUACACAAAGGAGAGAAGCCUUAUAGCUGUGAUCAGUGUGGGAAGAGCUUCAAUCAUUCAGGAUCCCUGAUUACACACCAACGCAUACAUACAGGAGAGAAGCCUUAUAGCUGUGAUCAGUGUGGGAAGAGCUUUGCUCGAGAUUCCACCCUGACUGCACACCAACGCAUACACACAGGAGAGAAGCCUUAUACCUGUGAUCAGUGUGGGAAGAGCUUCAAUCAUUCAGGAUCCCUGAUUACACACCAACGCAUACACACAGGAGAGAAGCCUUACAGCUGUGAUCAGUGUGGAAAGAGCUUCAGUCAUUCAGGAUACCUGACUACACACCAACGCAUACACACAGGAGAGAAGCCUUAUAGCUGUGAUCAGUGUGGGAAGAGCUUCAGUCAAUCAGCACAACUGAUUACACACCAACGCAUACACACAGGAGAGAAGCCUUAUAGCUGUGAUCAGUGUGGGAAGAGCUUCAAUUAUUCAGGAUCCCUGAUUACACACCAACGCAUACACACAGGAGAGAAGCCUUAUAGCUGUGAUCAGUGUGGGAAGAGCUUCAAUCAUCCAGGAACCCUGAUUACACACCAACGCAUACACACAGGAGAGAAGCCUUAUAGCUGUGAUCAGUGUGCGAAGAGCUUCAAUCAAUCAGGAGAACUGACUACACACCAACGCAUACACACAGGAGAGAAGCCUUAUAGCUGUGAUCAGUGUGGGGAAGAGCUUCAUGGUGUCAGGAAAUCUGACUAGACACCAGCUCACACACACUGGAGAGAAACCUUACUCCUGUCUAUGUGGAAAGAUCUUUGCUCAUUCAUGGUCACUGGAAAAUCACCAUAAAGCACAAACAUGUCGUCUUUUAUCUCCCUCCUCUCCUGCACCGUUUCCAGAUCCCUAAAUAAAGUUUAAAUAGAAAACA